CCCGUCAAGGUGUUUUCAGAGGAUAGAAGUAGGCACACGAAGAAAAAAAACAUUGGGGGGUGGGAACUAAAUACCUCUGGUUUUUAAACCGCUGUAAUUCUACCAACAAAGAGAAGGGGGUCCGAGACUGUUUUAGCUGAACUGAAAUGCGUUUUUAAUCAAAUACAUUCGUUUUGGAUUUUAAACCCGCGUGUUUUUUUUUCAUGCAGUGAGUAAACUUUCUGAGGGGCGGAUUUACUUUAUACUCCAGUCUGUCUAUUCGCGUCAAGCAGGCGUCACCACCCCAUUUUUGGGGAGUUGGUGCGCUCCUUACCUCAAACUCAACUGGAUGGAAAUCCGUGGACACCAAAAGUCCAGAGUUAUUUCUGGAGCUUUGUACUGGGUUGAAGGAGGAUAAGAAAGUGGGUGGUUACUUUUCACCAAGUGUCAUGAUAAUUGUUGUACAUAGAGAAAUAAGGGAAAAUCCUGCUGUUAUUUUCGCUGGAUGGAACUCAGUAAAAAGGUUACGCUCUGAGUCUGGGUAAAUCCUGCUUCUUGCUCUUCAACCAUCCAGAAGAGGCCAGCCAUAUGAACAGCAUGCUGCCUCUGAAGAGCCCUGUCUCACCCCUGGGCUACAGCACAGACUAUCUGAAGUUUAGUAGUGACUACAGACAUGGGGAGGUGGGAGGGGCCGGCAGCGCCAGAGGGAUGCGCUCAGCCUCAGAGCUCCGUGAUUUGAUGGACACCUUACAACGCAAGAAGAUCGCCCUGGAGACAAGCCUGCGAGCCAAUGGGGACGCUAGCCCUUCCUACUUCAGUAUGACGCAGUCUCCACCCACCACGUCUGUGACCUCACCCACCUCGAUGUGGUCAGCCUAUCAGGAACAGGCUAGGCGCUUCUACGGCUCUGAUCGUCCUCCUCUCUCUGACAAAGCUGCCGCCCCUCGCUCCCCCUCUCGGCGCUCUGACCCCCCUUCCUCCCGAACCUCCAUGACCCGGAAACAAUCAUACCAAUCACAGGACAGCCUGCUCAUCUCCCCUGGCAAUGGGCGACGCCCACUAAACCCAAACUCCUCCCCCCUGUUGUUGAUGCAGAACUGUGGAGGUUCCUCUAACUCAGUGGCUGGUGGUGAUAGCCUCUCCUCUCCUCCACCCUCAUCCCUCUUUCCAACUAGUGGAGCAGCCAGCAUGCCCUCCAGCCCCCGCCUGGGACUACGAAGCCACGGCAACCAUGAGCCGGUGCCAAGCAACCGAACCAGGAAGUACUCUGCAGGGUCUAUAGGCGGCAUAAUGGAAAGUCACAGCUGCUCACUGCCCCGCCUCUGCCCCUCAUCAUCACCUCGUUCCCAUGACAAUGGAGCCCUGGCCCUGUUUUCCCUCCCCCUGACCUCUAAUCCUCUACGCAACUCCUCUCACAACAAUAGCCAAAACCACACCACGAACAACAACUACAACCAUAACCAAAUGACUAACUUCACCUCCAGCCAGGCACAAAACAUGAACCGGAACCAAGGAGAGGGGGUAGAAUCCAUCUCACUCUCCAUCCCUGAAUCUCCCACCCAGGCCCCUCCAGACGUGACCUCACCGUCCCUAUCAGGGGGCUCUUCCAGCCCCGGUGUGGCCAAGAUACUCAGCUUCACCUCCACCAGCUCCACCUCCAGCCUUCAGGAGCCAAAGAGGUCAGCCAGCCGAGGAGCCUCCCCUGGACCAGAGCUCUUUCUGGGGGAGAGGCGGAGAGAGCACAGGGGGGGAAGACUGGAGCCUGGGCUAGGAUUAGAGGAACGAAGGCAGUCAUUUGGAAAGGGAGGGGUGGGGCUGGGGGCGGGGUUGACCCCACCAGGGGGGUUCAGGGUGAGGAGUGGCAGUAUCAGCUCCCUGAGUGGGAAGGAAGAACUGACUGACUACCACCAUCGCCAGAGAGACGAGAGACUACGAGAACAGGAAGUGGAGAGACUGGAACUCCAACGGCUGGAGACCAUCCUGUCUUUGUGUUCAGAGCUGGGGCGAUCGGAGCAGGACAGGGAGAAGAGUGUUGGUUCGAGUCCAGGUGCCGGUGCCGGUCUAGCCGAUCUUCAAAAGAUCAACCGGGAACUAGAGAAGCUCCAGGUCUCUGACGACCAAGAGCCAGUAUCAGUCUUCUUCGACUUAACCGUUAAUGGAAAUGGUACCGCCUCGGAAAACAAUUAUUAUGGUAAUGACAAGGAGCGUCAGGUCGGACAGCGAUGGAUCAGAGAUCCCCGUGACAACAGGGCGGAAUCACCCGUCGUCACUCUACGAAGCUCUGCCUCCUCACCCACCCCGCAUCUACCGAGGACCAAUCAAGCGCUGGCGGAGGAGGGACGGCGGAGGAAGGAAGUGACCCGUGUGGAGGAGGAGAGGAUCCAGGUGCUCAACAACAUGGACAAGCUGGAACAGAAGAUCAACGAACUGGACAACCAGAUGGACGAAUCACUCAGAGAAGUGGAGAUGGAGGGUGCCCUGGUGCAGGCUGAGCAGGAUGCAGAGCUAUCAGCUCUGCAGCAGGAGAGAGAUGCUGUGGAGACACUCGACACCAAGAUGGCCGACAUGGAACAACAGGCACCGGACCAAAAGACUCAGGACUCUGAGGUGCUGGAGGCUGAGACGAAGCGUUUUAAGGACCUGGAGGACCAGCAGAUGGAGAGAGAGAGUCGUCAUAAUGAGGAGAAGGAGACAAGCACACACCUUCUCAGAGAGAUCGUUGACUAUCAACUCAGCACCGUCACACGCAAGGGGAGGCUGGUGACCCUGAAGAAGCAGGCGGACCUGAUUACCCAGCAGGCUCAGCGAGAGAAGGAGAGCUUUCUGAAGGAGAGGACCAACCUGCAGAUGAUGCUGCAGAGGGAGAAAGAGAACCAUGCCUCUCUGGAGAGGAAGUAUGCUGACCUCACAGGUGGGCGGCACUUCCCUCUCAGUCCUAUCAGUCUCAAGGAGGUUCAGCACUUCCGUUCGCUGGAGGAGAGGAAGAGGUUAGUGAAAGAAGGCGGGGCCCACCCGAGUGACACGUUACCCAGGAAGCAGACCACUGUCACCCCUCAGUUCAGCUGUGUUACACUGGGACACAGCAUGCUUAACAAGUCCCAGCAGCCCCCGGUGCAGAGUUGUAGCUGUGUCAGUAUUCUACCAAGGGCCAUGUCUGUCUCCAGCAAUACAGAUACACACAGUCUGCACAAGGGUCAGGCCAACCGGUCCAACAUGUACCUGGACAGUGGCAACGGCCAGGCCUACGACACCAUGAGCAUGGACAGCUUGGACUCCAUGGACACCAGCAUCUCUGUCUGCUCACCUGACAAUGUCUCCUGUGCCAGCACGUCUAAUGUCACCAGACUGGAGGAGAUGGAGCAUCUACUGAGACAGGCCCAGGAAGAGAAGAACCGCCUCAUAGAACACAAGGAGCAAGAGAUGGAGUCGCGCAAACAGGCUCUGGAGGAGGAGAGGAGGCGGGAGCAUCUGGAGAAACGACUGCAGGAGGAGACCAACAGACGACAGAAACUCGUCGACAGGGAGGUGAAAUUACGGGAGAAACAGAGAGCACAGUCCCGUCCUCUGACGCGUUACCUGCCGGUGCGUAAGGAAGAUUUUGACCUGAGGGCCCAUAUAGAGUCAGCGGGCCACAACGCUGACAUGUGUUUCCACCUGUCCCUCACGGAGAAGAUCUGUCGAGGAUUCCUGGUCAAGAUGGGGAGAAAGAUCAAGACCUGGAAGAAACACUGGUUCGUCUUCGACCGCAACCGGCGAACACUCUCCUAUUUCUCAGACAAGCACGAGGCCAAGCUGAAAGGGGUCAUCUAUUUUCAAGCCAUAGAAGAAGUUUACUACGACCACUUAAAGAAGGCACACAAGAGUCCUAACCCGUGUCUGACGUUCAGUGUGAAGACUCAUGACAGGAUCUACUACAUGCUGGCCCCCUCUCCUGAGGCCAUGAGGAUCUGGAUAGACGUUAUCGUCACCGGGGCCGAGGGAUACACUCAGUUCAUGGUGUAGAAGGUGUGAUGUGGCCAGGGUGGAGGGAUACACUCAGUUCAUGGUGUAGAAGUUGUGAUGUGGCCAGGGUGGAGGGAUACACUCAGUUCAUGGUGUAGAAGGUGUGAUGUGGCCAGGGUGGAGGGAUACACUCAGUUCAUGGUGUAGAAGGUGUGAUGUGGCCAGGGUGGAGGGAUACACUCAGUUCAUGGUGUAGAAAUGGGUUUCUCAAACUCUGUCCUCGGGACAGCAAAGGGUGCAUGUUUUUUUUUUUUUUUGCCCACGUACUACACAGCUCAUUCAAAUAAUAAACAAAUCAUUAAGCUUUGAAUCAGCUGUGUAGUGUUAGGGGGGGCGGGGAAUAACAUGCAGGAUCUGGAUAGACGUUAUCGACACCGGGGCCAAGGACACACACUCCGUUAACCUCUAGCGUCGAGCAAUCCCGUAUCCGGGAGCGUAAGCCUCAAGCUCAUUAGCAUAUCGCAACGUUACCUAUUCAUGAAAAACGCAAAUGAAAUGAAAUAAAUAUAUUGGCUCACAAGCUUAGGCUUUUGUUAACAACACUGUCAUCUCAGAUUUUCAAAAUAUGCUUUUCAACCAUAGCUACACAAGCAUUUGUGUAAGAGUAUUGAUAGCUAGCAUAGCAUUAAGCCUAGCAUUCAGCAGGCAACAUUUUCACAAAAACAAGAAAAGCAUUCAAAUAAAAUCAUUUACCUUUGAAGAACUUUGGAUGUUUUCAAUGAGGAGACUCUCAGUUAGAUAGCAAAUGUUCAGUUUUUCCAAAAAGAUUAUUUGUGUAGGAGAAAUCGCUCUGUUUUGUUCAUCACGUUUGGCUAAGAAAAAACCCGAAAAUUCAGUCAUUACAACGCCAAACUCUUUUCCAAAUGAACUCCAUAAUAUCGACAGAAACAUGGCAAACGUUGUUGAGGAUUGAUUCUAAACAACAAGGUGUUUUUCACAUAUCUAUUCGAUGAUAAAUCAUUCGUGGCAGUUGCCUUUCUCCUCUGAACCAAAUGGAAAAGUGGACGCAGCUGGAGAUUGCGCAAUAAUUUCGACGGAGGACACCAAGCGGACACCUGGUAAAUGUAGUCUCUUAUGGUCAAUCUUCCAAUGAUAUGCCUACAAAUACAUCACAAUGCUGCAGACACCUUGGGGAAACGACAGAAAGUGUAGGCUCAUUCCUGGCGCAUUCACAGCCAUAUAAGGAGACAUUGGAACACAGCGCAUUCAAAAUCUGGGGCAUUUCCUGUAUGAAAUUUCAUCUUGGUUUCACCUGUAGCAUUAGUUCUGUGGCACUCACAGACAAUAUCUUUGCAGUUUUGGAAACGUCAGUGUUUUCUUUCCAAAGCUGUCAAUUAUAUGCAUAGUCGAGCAUCAUUUCGUGACAAAAUAUCUUGUUUAAACCGGGAACGUUUUUUUAUCCAAACAUUAAAAGAGCGCCCCCUAUAUCGAAGAAGUUAAUGGUGUAGAAGGAAGAAGAAGGUGUGAUGUGGCCAGGGAGGAGGGACACACUCCGUUAAUGGUGUAGAAGGUGUGAUGUGGCCAGGGUGGAGGGACACACUCCGUUAAUGGUGUUGAAGGUGUGAUGCGGCCAAUGAGAAGGGACAUAUCCAGUUGACGCUGUAAGAGUGGUGCUUCGGCAAGAGUGGAAGGAUACGACCAGCGUGCGGUUCCGGGGCCAGGACUAGAUCCUCUCUUUUCUCUGUGACUAUAAUGGACGGUUGUUCUUAUUUCUGUAUUUUAUUAUUUGUAAAACUUUUUCCGAAGGAAGAAUUCUCCAACCGCUGCAUUAACUCUCACCGGUAAAUCUACUGGGAUUGGCCAGUGUUUUUACGCAUCAUUAUGUUGAAAAAGUGAUUGGUUGUUGAUUAACUAGGGAUGUACAUAGCAACCACAGGAGGUUGAGUCGUCCUCACCUCAGCAGUCUUCACUGAUAGCAACAUGAUGUGCUGUAGUAAACAAGCAAAACAGAACAGUCAUUAAACUUCCUGGUUGUAUAGUGAUCAAGUUACUGAUAUUUACUCAACCUUUAUGUCCUCUGUUGUGUAGCCAGAGGUCAAAUCAUCUCUGCAUGGAGUGUCUGGCUAGCCAGGAGUUGAUGCGGUAUUGGGCAUUAACCUCUCUGGGAUAUGUGGGAUGCUAGCGUCCCACCUGGCUAAAAGCCAGGGAAAAUGCAGAGCGCCAAAUUCAAAUAAAUUACUAUAAAAAUCAAACUCAUUAAAUCACACAUGCAAUAUAGCAAAUUAAAGCUACACUUGUUGUGAACCCAGCCAACAUGUCAGAUUUCAAAAAGGCUUUUCGGCGAAAGCAAACGAUGCUAUUAUCUGAGGAUAGCACCUCCGUAAACAAAGAGAGAAACCAUAUUUCAAAAAUAUAAUACAUGCCUUACCUUUGAAGAGCUUCUUUUGUUGGCACUCCAAUAUGUCCCAUAAACAUCACAAAUGGUCCUUUUGUUCAAUUAAUUCCGUCGAUAUAUAUCCAAAAUGUCCAUUUAUUUGGUGCGUUUGAUCCAGAAAAACACUGGUUUCAACUUGCUCAAAUUGACUACAAAAUAUCUCAAAAGUUACUUGUAAACUUUUCCAAAACAUUUCAAACUACUUUUUUAAUACAACUAUAGGUAUUUUUUUAAGUAAAUAAUUUAUAAAAUUGAAGACGGGAUGAUCUGUGUUCAAUACAGAAAGAAAACAAACUGUUGCUAGCUUUCUGGUCACGCAUCUCUAUCUAUCUACUUCAAGUUACCCUCGUUCAAGAUGGCCGUACUCUUCAUGACACAAAGGAAUUACCUCAACCAAUUUCUAAAGACUGUUGACAUCCAGUGGAAGCAAUAGGAACUGCAAGAAGAUCCCUUAGAAAUCUGGAUUCCCAAUGAAAACCCAUUGAAAAGAGUGACCUAAAAAAACAAUAAUAAUCUGAAUGGUUUGGCCUCUGGGUUUCGUCUACUAAAUAAGUUAUGUUAUACUCAGACAUGAUUCAAACAGUUUUAGAAACUUCAGAGUGUUUUCUACCCAAUUAUACUAAUAAUAUGCACAUCUUAUCUUCUGGGGAUGAGUAGCAGGCAGUUGAAUUUGGGCAUGCAUUUCAUCCGGACGUGAAAAUACGGCCCCCUGUCACCAAGAAGUUUCUGUGCUUUUUAACCAUUCAAAAAAAGAAGAAAAAAAACAUUUGGCUGAUUUUAUCAUGUAGUUAUAUUAUAUUGUAUUUAUGCUAUUGAUUAUCAAUCCAUGUAUCUUUAUUUCUGCAUACAGAAAAAAAAGCAAGAACAUA